GGAAGUGACCUCAGAGCCCCUCAGACAUGGCAGCGGAGGAUUCUUCCGGAAGCGGUCACAGGCAUCUCCGUGACGCAGAAUGAGUUAGCGCGUCCCUUGGGGUUUCCAUGGUGCCGACCUCAGCCCUAAGUCUCGCCGCUUCCUCUCCCGCCCGAGCGACGGGAACGGGAAGGCCAGCGGCGGGUCCCACCCGCGACGUCGACGCCGCUCGGGGAGGGGCCGGGCGAGUCGGUGGCGCUCUAGGCGAGCUCGUUGGCAUCUCUAUGGUGCCGAGCCCGCCCGGGUGCCGCUCCCGCGCGUCCGGGCGGCCGUUGCCCAUUUAAUCGACGGAGGGUGGUGCCGAGGAGGUCCCGCGAGAGCUGCGGGGGGCGGGGGGCGGUGCCGAAGCUGGGGGCCCGUGGCGGAUGGAGCCCGCGAUGGAGCCGGAGACUCUGGAGGCGCGAAUCAACAGAGCCACGAACCCCCUGAACAAGGAGCUGAACUGGGCCAGCAUCAACAGCUUCUGUGAGCAGCUCAACGAGGACUUCGAGGGGCCUCCACUUGCCACCCGGCUGCUGGCUCACAAGAUCCAGUCCCCGCAGGAGUGGGAGGCGAUCCAGGCCCUGACGGUGAGGAGAGGGGAGGUCACCAUCCCACCUCCUUGCCAGGUGCUGGAAACAUGCAUGAAGAGCUGUGGCAAGAGGUUCCAUGAUGAGGUGGGCAAGUUCCGCUUCCUCAACGAGCUCAUCAAGGUCGUGUCUCCCAAGUAUCUGGGCUCUCGCACGUCAGAGAAAGUAAAGAGCAAGAUUUUGGAGCUCCUGUACAGCUGGACAGUUGGCCUUCCCGAGGAAGUGAAGAUCGCAGAGGCCUACCAGAUGCUAAAGAAGCAAGGGAUUGUAAAGUCUGACCCCAAGCUUCCAGAUGACGCUACCUUUCCCCUUCCUCCUCCUCGGCCCAAGAAUGUGAUCUUCGAAGACGAGGAGAAAUCCAAGAUGCUGGCCCGCCUGCUGAAGAGCUCCCACCCUGAGGACCUCCGUGCUGCCAACAAGCUCAUCAAAGAGAUGGUGCAGGAGGACCAGAAACGGAUGGAGAAGAUCUCGAAGCGGGUAAAUGCCAUCGAGGAGGUGAACAAUAACGUAAAGCUGCUGACAGAGAUGGUGAUGAGCCACAGCCAGGGCGGCGCGGCGUCCGGCACCCCCAGGACGCUGACCCGCCCACCCUUCUGCCCCCAGGAACUAUACCAACGCUGUGAGCGGAUGCGGCCUACGCUGUUCCGACUGGCCAGCGACACAGAGGACAAUGAUGAGGCCUUAGCGGAGAUCCUGCAGGCCAACGACAACCUCACCCAGGUGAUCAACCUGUACAAGCAGCUGGUACGGGGCGAGGAGGUCAAUGGUGAUGCCACAGCCAGUUCCAUCCCUGGGAGCACUUCAGCCUUGCUGGACCUCUCAGGCCUGGACCUCCCUCCUGCGGGCACCACCUACCCAGCCAUGCCCACCCGCCCCAGCGAGCAGGCCAACCUCGAGCAGCCCAGCGCCUCAGUUUCUCUGCUUGACGACGAGCUCAUGUCUCUGGGUCUCAGCGACCCCACACCCACUUCAGGCCCAAGCUCGGAUGGUGCUGGGUGGAACAGCUUCCAGUCUUCAGAUGCCGCUGAGCCUCCAACCCCCACUCCGGCCCAGACCCCCAGCACCGACAGCCGGCCUCCGACACAGAUGAGCAGCGGCCUGGAUGACCUGGACCUCCUGGGGAAGACCCUCCUGCAGCAGUCACUGCCCCCGGAGUCCCAGCAAGUGCGAUGGGAGAAGCAGCAACCAGCCCCCCGGCUCACCCUUCGGGAUCUGCAGAAUAAGAGCAGCAGCUGCAGCUCCCCCAGCUCCAGUGCCACCAGCCGCCUCCACACUGUGUCCCCAGAGCUGCCUGGGCCUCUGCAGCAACCCGCACCGACUGAGCUCUCGCUGGCCAGCAUCACUGUGCCCUUGGAGUCCAUCAAGCCCAGCAGCAUCCUACCCGUGACCGUGUAUGACCAGCACGGCUUCCGCGUCCUCUUCCACUUUGCUCGCGACCCACUGCCAGGGCGCUCCGAUGUGCUGGUGGUGGUAGUUUCCAUGCUGAGCACCGCACCCCAGCCCAUACGCAACAUUGUUUUCCAGUCGGCUGUCCCCAAGGUCAUGAAAGUGAAGCUGCAGCCUCCCUCGGGCACAGAGCUGCCAGCGUUUAACCCCAUCGUCCACCCCUCAGCCAUCACCCAGGUCCUGCUCCUUGCCAACCCCCAAAAGGAGAAGGUUCGCCUCCGCUACAAGCUCACCUUCGCCAUGGGCGACCAGACCUACAACGAGAUGGGGGAUGUGGACCAGUUCCCCCCACCCGAAUCCUGGGGGAGCCUCUAGAGCAGAGGGCUGGGGAGAGGAAGGGCAGAGGGGCUGGCCACGGUCCAGCCUGGGCAGGAGGCUGUGGUGGCCUAGGGUGCCCUUUGCUCCCGUGGCGAUUUGCCCCCAGGUCUGGUGCUUCUCCCCUCACCCUACAACACUUGAGUGACUCUUCCUUCUCCUGCUUUGGCCCCUCCCCUGCUGAGCCAAACCCAGCAGGAGGCUGGGCCUGGGUUUGCACUGCUGGGAUCUCCAUCACCCAUGGGAGCCUGGAGCAGGGAGGGGCUGGUGGCCCUGGAAGAACUUGGGGUUGUGGGAAGAAGCAUGGCUGUCAGAGAAGGGCCAGGACCUCAGGCCCAGCCCUGACCCCAGCCUGGGGUGGGGUCUUCCCCGCCUGUCUCUUAUGCCUUAUGGGAAGGCCCAGCCAUAACUCGGGGGCCGUGCUGGAGCUGGGGACCAGCUCAGGCCUCCUCCAUAGGAACCCAGUGACUGGGGGGUGGCACCUGCACUCCCAGCUGUUUGCACUCUCUGGUGUGUGGUUUGACUCUGCUUUUCUUCUGGAGUGGCCUUGUGGCCACAUUCUCUGAGGGCCAAGCUGAGGGAACCCCACUCCGCCCUUUGCCAUCAGGACCCCCAAGCAGCUAUGGGGGCCCAGGGUGAUGCCAGAGGCGGGUGGCCCCAGUAGGGGCUGUGGGGCUCCUGGAGUCCUCAGUGUGUCUCCUUCAUUCAUUGGCCUCUGCCAGGGGCUCCUGUGGGCAGCUCACAUCUGUCCAUCCAUCUGUCCAUGGUCAGAAGUGGUGUCAGCGUGUGAGUGAGAGGAGUAUUUAUGAAAUAAAACGUACUUUUUCCUGGA